AGGAAUGCUUAACCUGGGGUCCGUGCGCUGGCUUCAGGGAAUCUGGGAGCUCUCUAAAAUGCUAUAAACAAUGUAAUAUUUUUCUGGAAAAGGGGUGCACACUUUUCAUGAGUCUGACUAAUUUUAUAUGGUCUGUGGACCAAGUGCCAGGCAAUGUGCAAGCCAUUGGUGGUAAGUGGUGAUCAAGCAGACGUGUCACUUCUCCUCGUGGACUUUAUAGUCUUUGUGGUAGGCUGAAGAAUGCCCCCCCUCCUCGGCCGGCCGCCCAAAAUAUGUUCACAUCCUAAUCCCUGGAACCUGUGAAUGUUACCCAUUAUGGCAAAGGGGACUUUGCAGAUCUAAUCAAGUUAAGGAUCGUGAGAUGGGGGAAUUAGCCUGGAUUAUCCUGGUGGGCCUGAUAUCACAAGGAGUCUUAUAAGAGGAACACAAAAGGAGACAGACAGAAGACAAUGUGACAACAGAAGCAGGAGAACAAAGGGACAGACAUUUUAAGAUGCCACACUGCUGACUUUGAAGAUGGGAGACUUUGAAGAUGGGGAAAGGGGGCCGUGAGCCAAAGGAUGUGGGCAGACUCUGAAAGCUUGAAAGGUCAAGGAAACAGCUUCUCCCCAGGAGCCUCGGGAAAGAAUCCCACUGCUGACACCUUGACUUUAGCCCAGUAAAACUGACUGUAGACUUCUGACCUCCAGAACUGCAAGAUAAUCAAUAUGUUUGUUGCUUUAUGCCACUAUUUUGUAAUGCUUUGUUACAGCAGCUUUAGGAAGCUAAUAUGCAUCUCAGCAGGUGUCAGACUCUAAAAGUGGUAAGAGACCACAGUCCUUUACAAUGCUGAGAUUCUCUGUAUCACUGGCCCUUCCCCUCUCCAGAAGGAGACAACCAAGAAACAGAAAGUCCAACUGACACUACAGAAGUAGAUUUACUGAACUCACCCAUGCCAUAGAGAGUAACGCGGAGUCUUGCCGUAACCCAAGAUGGCAACCAUCUCUCAAAUGUCACGCCGUACAAUGACGUCACACAGCGACUAUGCCUUUCCUCCCUGAGAGUUUCGCUACAUUUCCCAGGAUGCUUUGCCAAAUAGCGACGCUAUUAGUCGUCAUCGACGGAAGUGCACCUGACUGAGCGGAAGUAGGAGCUCUCAGAGGCUAAGAAGGUGGAGACCGGAGAAGCUGUGAGGUUCUUUAGCGUCACCUCCCUCACUGGGCAGCAUGGGGGAGAAGUCAGAGAACUGUGGGGUUCCAGAGGAUCUGUUAAAUGGUUUGAAGGUUACAGAUACUCAGGAAGCCGAGUGUGCUGGCCCUCCAGUUCCUGAUCCCAAAAAUCAGCAUUCCCAGAGUAAGCUGCUCAAGGAUGAUGAGGCCCAUCUCCAGGAGGACCAGGGAGAAGAGGAGUGUUUUCAUGACUGCAGUGCCUCAUUUGAGGAGGAGCCAGGAGCGGACAAGGUUGAGAACAAAUCUAAUGAAGAUGUGAAUUCCUCUGAACUAGAUGAAGGAUACCUAAUAGAACUGGAAAAAAACAUGUCGGAUGAAGAGAAACAGAAAAGAAGAGAAGAGAGCACUAGACUAAAGGAGGAGGGAAAUGAACAGUUUAAGAAAGGAGAUUAUAUAGAAGCUGAAAGUUCUUAUAGUCGAGCCCUCGAAAUGUGCCCAUCCUGCUUCCAAAAGGAGAGGUCGAUUCUAUUUUCAAAUAGAGCUGCAGCAAGGAUGAAACAGGACAAGAAAGAAAUGGCCAUCAAUGACUGCAGCAAAGCAAUUCAAUUAAACCCCAGCUAUAUCAGGGCAAUAUUGAGGAGAGCAGAGUUGUAUGAGAAGACGGACAAGCUAGAUGAAGCCCUGGAAGACUAUAAAUCUAUAUUAGAAAAAGAUCCAUCAAUACAUCAAGCAAGAGAAGCUUGUAUGAGAUUACCUAAGCAAAUUGAAGAACGUAAUGAAAGACUAAAAGAAGAGAUGUUAGGUAAAUUAAAAGAUCUUGGGAACUUGGUUCUCCGACCUUUUGGGCUCUCCACGGAAAAUUUCCAGAUCAAACAGGAUUCCUCUACCGGCUCGUACUCCAUCAAUUUCGUUCAAAAUCCAAAUAAUAACAGAUAACAAAGAUAACAAAAGCUUUACAAGCUGACUUGGAAUUGUGUGCUGCUUGCUGUUAGCUAGGGGAAAGGCCCUGCCAAUGUUUAACUUUUAAAAGCAUCUUAUCUAAAAGAAAGGCUAUCCAGUAGAGCCCAGUGCUCCCUUGUCCCUCUUUUAUGAUCAGGGUGAAAUGUACUUCCUGAUGUAAUGAACCUAAUUUGAUUUCCAUUUUAAGGUGGUGUCUGUGUAGCUGGUGUCCCCGGUUCUGGCUGUCCUAUGUCCAGGAAGAAGCCCAUUUGUCGAGGCUGACCUUCCUGAUCAUACACACACACAGCCCAGCAAAAGCCUCUCCUGAACCAAACAAACCUGUUGGUUGGGAGACUGCCCAGACAUGAUUGAUGACGGGUUCCCGCCUGCCUGUCCCCUCCCUGAUCACACAGCUAACGAGGCUGCCUCCAGCAUUUCCUGAUUUCCUCUGUGGUAAUAAAAGCUUUCUGUGCUUA